AUCGGUGAUACACCUACAAGGUUCAAAUAUAAAAAUGUUGAACGAUCAUCAUUUGGAUUGACUCCCGUCGAGUUCUUUUUAGCUGAUGACAAAGAUUUAAAUGAAUACGUAUCCUUAAAGAAAAUUGCACCGUUCCGUCCUAAAAAUUUGGCACGUGAGGAUGUAAAAAAGUAUUCUAAGAAAAAACGGUUACAGCAGUUUCGUAAAAAACUUGAAAUUUUAGAAGAGAGUAAUCCGCCUACGGACAAAGCAUGGAGUAUAAAAUCGGCCAAACGUAAAAAUCAGCAGCAAAAUCAAGGACAAACUAAUAAAAAGCAGAAUAAAACAUCUAGCUAA